AUGGACCGCGACACCCCCCCUGCCCCCCCUUCCCGCCCCUCCGACGCACCGCUCCCCCCCUGCAUCACCGCGCUGCUGGAUCCGGCCUGCGAUCCCGCCCUGCCCCCGCCCGGGUCGCUGGCGCUGACCCCUGCCCACAACCGCGAGCUGGACAAGCUGGUGGCGCAGCUGGGGCGGGGCCGGGCCACCUGGCGCCGCGCACUGGCGCUGCUGGACUGGCUGCGGGCGGGCGGGCAUGCGCCAGACGACCGCCUGUGCACCACGCUCAUCCGCGUGGCCGCGCAGCACGGCGAGGCGGGCGAGGCGCUGGCCAUCUACGACUGGAUGCGGCGGCCACGGCGCGAGGGCGGCGCGGGCCUGGCCGCCACGGUGUACACCUACACCGCCGCGGCGCGCGCCGCGCUGGCCGGCGGCAUGCUGCACCGCGCUCUGGCGGUGUGGGACGACGCGGCGGCCGACCCGGGGUGUGCACCGGAUUGCCGCCUGGCCACCACGCUGAUCGAGGUCUGCGCCCGCACUGGCGACGCGGACCGCGCGUUGGGCGUCUACGCGCGCAUGCUGGCCGCGCCGCGCGGCUCGCGCCUGGAGCCCAGCGUGCACGCCUUCACCGCCACCAUGCGCGCGGUUGCGGAGGGCGGCCGUGCAGGCGAGGCGCUGGCCAUCUGGGCCGACAUGCAGCGCCUGGGCUGCAAGCCCACGGGCCACGCGUACGCCGCCGUCAUCUCCGCCUGCGCGGCGGGGGGCGAGUGGGAGCGCGCGGUGGGCCUGUUUGACGAGAUGCUGGCCGCCCGCAUCCGCCCCGAUGUCGUGUCCUGCACCGCCCUGGUCGCGGCGCUGGGCGCAGCGGGGCAGCCGCGCCGCGCGGAGGGCGUGGUGCGCUGGAUGGCGCGCGCCGAGGUGCGGCCCAACGUGCGCACCUACACCGCGCUGCUGGCUGCCCACGCCGGCGUCGGCGACUGGGACCGCGCGCUGGGCCUGCUGCGCGAGUUGCGCGCCGGGCACCACGGCCCGGGGCUGGAGCCCAAUGCCUACACGUACUCCGCACUGCUCAAGGCGGCGGGGGAGCAAGGGGAGGUGGGCCUGGCGGAGACCCUGUUUGAGGGGUUGGAGCUGGAGGCGAGGCUGGACGCCGCGAAGCAGGCGGCGCUGGGUGCGCUGCGCCCUGAUGAGGGGACCUGGGACGAGGGACUGGAGGGAGAGGGCCUGUUCGAGGCCCUGGAGACCGCGGCGGCGAUGGGGGCUGCGCCAACGGCGAAAGCCAGCGCUGUGAUCGCUGGCCCGCUCGAGUCCGCUUCCGCCUGGCGAUCGCCUGGCGUGCACGAUGCACUCACCGUUCCAGAGUCCAGCUCUUCAGACCCAGACCUCGACGCCUCGCACGCGGCCGCACUGGCGGUGGCUGCGGUGGCGGUGGCGCGGCCCGCGGCGUCGCCGACCGCUUGCGCCGACCCCCAGCUGGAGCGCCUGCUGUGCACGCAGCUGGGGCCGGCCCUGGGGGGUGUUGACGGCGCCGCCUCCUCCACGCCCCGCUCGGGGCCCCGGGGGCCAGGAGCGGGCGCGGAGGAGGCCUCGGCGCGAGGGGCGCGGGGAGCGGGCGAUCAUGCAGUGCCCACAACAGCAAACUGCAAGCCUUUGCUUGCUGUCUCGGGGGUGCCCAUCAGCAGCAGCCCGUUUCCGUCGGCAGCAACACCAUCCGACGGCCCGCAGCCGUCCCUGCGCCUGGCGGCGGCCGCUGCGGCCGCGUGGGGCGUGGCUUCGCUGGAUGCGCGCGGCGCGGCCUGGGGCGCCGGCGACGACUACGGCUCCAUCGCGGAUGGAGGGACUCCAGCCCUCGCAGGGACCGCCGCCGCCUCGGGAGGGCGCGAUGUGCCCUCCGCGCCCCACGGCAGCCCGGCCAGCGUGCUGCCCGCCUCGCCGCCGCCGUCGGGCUGGUCCGGUGGCGGCGCCGAGGCCGACCGCGCGCCGCGGUCCGCUCCGCCGGCCGUCAACCACGUGGUCUGCGGCGCGAUGAUGUCGGUGUAUGAGCGCGCGGGGCGCGCGGGCGAGGCGGUGGGCAUGCUGCGCCGCGCGCGCGCGCUGGGCGUGCGCCCCAACACCGUCAUGCUGAACACCGCGCUGUCGGCGCUGGGCAAGGCGGGGCGCGUGGACGAAGCGCGCGCACUGUUUGCCCGCAUCCCGGACCCCGACGCCGCCAGCUACGAGACGCUGGUGGCGGCGCUGGGCGCGCGCGGGCUGGCGGCCGAGGCUGAGGCCACGGUGGCGGCCAUGCGCGCCGCAGGGCAUGCACCGCGCCACUAUGCCUACUGCGGCCUCGUCGCCGCGCACGGCGUGGCGGGGGACUGGCGCGCCGCGCUGGCCGUGCGGCGGCGCAUGGCGCAGGAGGGGCUGCAGCCCAAUGUUCACGUCUACAAUGCGCUGCUGGGUGUGUGCAACCAGGCGGGGCAGUGGGACGCCUCCCUGGCGCUUGUGCGGGAGAUGCGGGGGGCAGACAUUCAGGGCAACCUCACCACGGCCCAGGCAAGACCACAUGGGGUCGUGCAGGGCCUGGCGCGAGGCCCUGGGCUGCUCGAGGCGACGGGGCGUGGUGGCGCGGGGUCUGUCGACCGCCAGGCUGCCCUGGCCGCCGCCCUGUCGGCCACCGUGGGAGCAGCGGGAGUGGCGCUCAUGCAGACUGGCUUCAUCUGA